AUUAACCCUAGAUCCCUAUCAACUCCAAUAUUUCUCAUAAAUCUUCCAACUUCAAACACACUAGACAUACAGCAAAGAAAUGAAGGAAACGCUGCUACCUUUCUUCCUCUCAUUUCUUCUCUUCACCUCAUCCCCCUCUUCAGCCGCUCGACCAGCCAGUAAUGCCGUUCGUGACAUCGACGGAAAAAAGGUCAUCGUCGGAGCCCAUUACUACAUAUUGCCUGUUAUUCGCGGCCGCGGUGGCGGCCUAACUCUUGGCAGCGCCGACAACGAAACUUGCCCUCUUGAUGUCAUCCAGGAGCAGUUUGAAGUUAAAAGGGGCCUCCCGUUAACGUUUACACCAGUAAACACCACUAAAGGCGUGGUCCCAGUUUCAACUGAUCUGAACAUCAAGUUCUUUGCUGCUACAAUUUGUGUUCAGUCAACUGUCUGGAAGCUUGAAUUUGACGCAGAUAUAUCACAAUACGUGAUAGUCAGUGGCGGAAUUGAAGGAAAUCCAGGCCGUGAAACCAUAAGCAACUGGUUCAAGAUUGAAAAAUAUGAUCAGGAUUACAAGCUCGUUUAUUGUCCUACUGUUUGUAACUUCUGUAAGGUCAUCUGCAGAGAUGUUGGGAUAUUUGUGCAGAAUGGGAGGAGACGUCUUGCUUUGAGUGAUGUACCAUUCAGGGUUUUCUUCAAGAAAGCUGAAUAUUGAAUAUUAUCCUUGUUCCCUUCGAUUUUAAGUUUCUUAUCCCUUUUUGUUUCAAGUUAAAUUAUGAGUAAUAAGAAAGAAUGUACAACUCCAGUGAAUAAGAUUUGACUCGAUCUUUGUUCAAAACAUGUAAGUUAUCUACAUGUAAAUCAUGUUUUGGUUUUAAUAGUAUUUGGGAUAUCAUGGAAAAUUUUAGUGUCUUUAUUGCAUACACCUAAGACAAGCAGGAGCCUUUUCUCAGUAAAAACAUUCUUGAACAGUGUAACACUCUUUGGAUAAA